AGCAGUGUUCCGCUCGAAAUACGGCUGCGUGGUCCUGCAAUGCAGCAGCUCUACUCCCAGGCCUGCCGCCAGGGGGUGCGACCGGUGCACAGCACGCGCGGGCUCGUGGUUGGUCAGUUCAGAUCCGGGAAGACUUGUGUCGUCAGGAGGCUGACAGGAGAGGAAGUUGUUGAGGAUGAACCGAUAACAGACGGCAUCGAGAUUUCACCGAGCGUGAUGACCAAAACCUGGCGGAAGGCAAAAGAGGAGCCAGAUGAAUUCAAGGAAGCCAUGGCAGAACACUUAGCUGAGCAACAAGAAGAGAAAAAAUUAAAAGACUUGGCAUCGUCACGAACCCAACAGGUGGUCGGGCAGCACAGUGACAGUAAAGCCCCUACAGGUAUCUAAUGACGUUUAACAUAACAUGAUAGGUACACAGAACACAAAUGUUAGCUCA